UCCACCCACAUUAUGUGUCAAAGAGCUGCUGUGCUGCUGAUGCGCUCGUGUCCAAACGCUCAUUUUAUAGCGCAUGAUUAUGUGGUUAGAGAGCAACUUUCAGGAAUAGCUGCCCUAAACCCCGCCUGUCCUUCUGGCAGAGAGAGAGUAAGUACGCUGUUUAUGAAGUACAGAGGUGAAACGGAUCGCGGCUGUUUGGGAAGGGAAAGAGCCGAGCAUUUUACUGAGCCGAGUCUUGCGUUGUGUAAGCAUGCGCUGCAUGUGAGGAGCACAGGAGCGCGAGCCCAGGAGCGCGAGAGGGAUGCGGAGCAUGGGACACCAGCAGUCCACUUACAGUGAGGAAUCAUCUUGGGAGAUGACAGAUGGAGACAUCGGGAGGAUCGGAGCCUGCCAGCCUGCAUCCUAAAUGCGCCAUGGAACAGGAGUUCAGCUUCAGCGCCCUGAAGAAGCUGGCAGCUGAGCCGGACUAUACGGAUGUAACGCUGCCGGCAGUGGAGCGUGUGCGAGCGCUCAGUAAGAUGGGCUACAACAUUGAGAUCAGUGAGGACAUCGCGCCACGCCGCUACUUCCGCUCAGGGGUAGAGAUGGAGCGCAUGGCAGCCGUCUACCUGGAGGAGGGCAGUCUAGAAAACGCUUUCGUCCUCUACAACAAGUUUAUCACUUUAUUUGUGGAGAAACUCCCCAGUCAUCGGGACUAUCAGCAAUGCAACGUCCCAGAGAAACAAGUCAUAAUGAAGAAAUUGCAAGAAGUGGCUUUUCCACGCAAGGAUCAAUUGAGGAGACUCCUUCAUGAAAAAUAUAGCAAAGAGUACAGUGAAUAUCUGAAGAGGCAGAGCCAGACCGUGCCUGUAGCUGUGUGUGGAGAACAGUUACAGAGGCUCUCUUUGCUGGAGGAAGAGAAACAGCGCGUGGCACAGUUGAGAAAGAUGCAGCUUGAGUCAGAGCAGUUUCGCUACUUCGAGGACCAGCUGCGGAGGCAAGAGCAGGCCAACCGUAAACAGGAUGCCGGCCCUAAAGAACCUGAACAAACGGAUGGCUCGUGCCUCUCCCAGACUCCAAAAAACCACACACGCCUUGACCCCAACCGGAACAAACAAGCCACACCUCUCCCCAAACCUGCAGCCACGUUAGCUGCAGUCCAGAAUCAGCAGGUGGAAGGCCUGAGGCGGGUUCUAAUUCCUCGAGACCUGACGUACAGGUUCCUCCUGCUGGCCGACCGCAACACAGCCAGAGGCAUUGAGACAUGUGGCGUGCUCUGCGGAAAACUGACUCACAACGAAUUCAUGCUCACCCACGUGAUUGUGCCCAAACAGUCAUCCGGGCCAGACUACUGUGACAUGGAGAAUGUGGAGGAGCUGUUCAGUUAUCAGGACCACCAUAACCUACUGACCCUCGGCUGGAUCCAUACGCAUCCCACACAGACAGCUUUUCUGUCCAGUGUGGAUCUGCAUACACACAGCUCCUAUCAACUCAUGCUGCCUGAGGCCAUUGCCAUUGUCUGCUCACCCAAGCAUAACGAUACCGGAGUGUUCCGCCUCACCACCGCUGGAAUGAGUGAGGUGGCUGGCUGCAGACUGAAAGGCUUUCACCCGCACUCGAAAGACCCUCCCCUCUUCACCAUCUGUAAGCACGUGGUUGUGAAGGAUGCCAAAACGACAGUGCUGGACCUCAGGUGACAGAUGAAGAGAGGACAUGCUUCAGUAGAAGCCACAGGCCCAGGAGUUUUAUUUUUAUCUUCAGCUACUUGAAGGCUUUUUUGUAUUUAUUUAUUUAUUAAACAAAAAAGUACUGUGAAGUGGAGUCUGUGUUGCACAGGUUGCUGUUGGCAUCUUGUAAUGAAGCUGUAAAGCUUUUAAGUGGUGUUUUUUCCUGUGUCUGUAUUUGGUUAUGGAAUUUUUAAUAGCUUGCUUUAGCAUUUGUGCCUGUUCAAAAGCAAUCGUUUUGGACAGUUUUGUGAUCUGAUCUGACUGCUCGUCAGGUUUGAUAUUACAGUGUGUCCUGAAGGUGGCAUCUUUUAGCUAUUAAUGCCACAACCAAAAUGUGAACUUUUUACCAGGAUGCAAAGUUAUAUUUAGACAGUUGCCUUAUGUAAAAUGAUGUGAUUAAAUUUUUUUUAUUUCUUGCUAUAUACUCAGAUACCUUUCACCCAAAAUGUAUUUGCAAUGUUUGUAUCUUGUCAGUUAUGCUGAAGCAAAUUGUUAUAGCUCCAAUGUUUAGUUAAGGGACCUCAAACUAUAAUCAGUAUGUAUUAUGUAGUAUAUAGCUAAAAGCAACCAUUUCCAGCUAGAGAACUUCAAGUCAGUGAAGGUGAUGUUUGACUUGAAGGAGUGGCUGAGUUACUGAAGCAAUUUUAUUAUGUUGACCUAUUUGGCAUUAGUCUUGAUGCUCAGGACUUUGAGCCUUACAAUAAAUGGUAAAGCUGAGCAGCAUAAACACACAGAUGUCCCCCAAUUUUGCCUCACUUUCUCCUUUACCAAAGCACCUACAGUAGAAUAAGCAAAGAAGCCUAUUACGCCUUAUUAGAGGAGCUACUGCCAUGGAACUAGAGGCUUGAUAGAAUCAGUGAUCUCAGGUAUCAUCCUCUCGUGAUAACAUGCUAACUGAAAUCAAACAGUGGCUCCUUCUCUGUUUUUCAACUUUCCAUUCCAUAGUGGUACAACAGAAAACGAAAACUUUCCGAGUUUCGAUAUCCUCUUUGAUGUUGAGUGAGUCACGUUAGCAUAUUGUGGAUUUUGUGUGCUGUGGCAUUGUAUUUUUUCUCUUUUUUUUCAGGUUUGUCUUUGUCUGAGUUUCAGUAGUUCCUCUGAAACUUUUAGUGUUGUUUUAGUCUGCAACAGGAACUUGUGGGCAAUAUGAUGCAGUGACUGUAUGAUGUUUUUCCCCCUACUGCCAUUUUUUUUUAAAUAAAAGAAGAAAAAAGGA